UGUUUAUGAUUGAAAAAAGAACUAGAUUAUCAAAAUUCUUUCGGCCAUUCUAUGACGAUAAAUGAAUGGUUUUAUCAUUGAUAGUGUUUUGUUUUUCUUUUUCAUUUUGAUGACAUCCAAUCAAUCCAAUCAAUCUCAAAUAAAUUUUUAUUUUUAUUAUUAUUAAUCACGAAAUAGUGACGCCAUACCUAAAGAACAAACUAUUCUUGGGUAGGGCCGUUUUUUGCCAUUUAUUCAUCAUGAAUCGAAUCGAAUCGAAUGAUCUAUAGACAAACAGAGAAUGUUUCUCAUAUUACUUCAUUUGAAUAAAUUAAGAUUAUGUUGUUUUUUUUCCAUUUUAUUCUUCCAUUUUCUUUUUUUUUCUUUUGAUUGACAUUAUCUUGAAAUGAUCUGAUCGUUGUCAUCGUAGUCGUCGCCACUAUUGCGCCAACUAGAAUAAUAUUUAUUGAUCACAAAAAUUGUGCGCAAAUGUCAAAUCAUCGAAAAACUAUAAUCUUCGUUCUUGGUGGCCAUCCUCAUCACCAUCGUCGUCGUUGUCGUCGAAAUGACAACCAGUCACCAUCAUCAUCAUCAAAGUGAAAAUAAAAAAAAACUUGGUCGUCCUCAUGGUAACCACCGUAUAUUUUUUUCUAUUUUUUCCUUGGAACCUUUAUUGAUUGAAAUUUUUCAUAUUGUCAUCGGCGACUGCCACUAACGUCAUAACAAUCCACUGCAUGCAAUUUUGUAUAAUGAUCCUUUGAACAUUUAACACAGUUAAGCAAAAGAGAGAGAAAGUAAAAAAACCAGUCUAUCCAUUCUUCAUUCGAAUAACGUUGUUGUUUGUUAGUAUGACAAUCGUCACUUUUUAAAAAUAGAUUAUAGAUUAAUAUAAUUUAUUUACCAAAAACGAUUCUUUGCAUGAUUUCCUUUCGUAUACUUCUUAUUAAUUAGUCAUCUAUAAUAUAUUGAGAAUAAUAAUGCUAAUUUGACAAUAUGAAGUGUCUAGUGUUUCAGCCAAAUAACUGUGCUAUCGAAAUUAUUCUUCACCAUAGAGCUUAUGGUCAAGAUUGUUUAAUUAAGGUUUGUAAUUUACUUGAUGUUAUUGAGAUCAAUUUUUUUGGUCUACAAUAUUAUCGUAAUGGUCAACCAUAUUGGUUAGUGUUACGCAAAAGAAUCAAUCAACAGAUGAACGUACGGAUGAAAACGAUUCGAUUAUAUCUUAAAGUCAAAUUCUAUGUUCUUCCACAUCAUAUUCAACAGAAUGCAACCAAGCAUCAAUUCUAUCUGAAUAUAUGUCAUUAUUUGGAAACAAAAGUAUUGAAAAUUGAUCCCGAAAAACGAGCUAAAUUGAUUGCUCUAAUUGCCCAAAUUGAAUAUGGCGAUUUUAAUGAAGAAUCAUAUGAUCUCAAAAUACUUUAUUCAAAAUGGAUUUCAAUCCUAUAUCAUUUGGAACAGAUAAAACGAAUACCGAAUCCAAAUCGAUCAUUGAAUAAUGUUAAAUAUCGACCAACAAAUUGUGAUAUACUGGACUAUGGAAGCAAUUAUAAUAUUCCAUUAACAGUGUCGAAAUCAAAAACAAUGGCUAGUGAUCAACAACGACAUUGUGAUUCAAUACAACAGAUUAUAUUCUGGCACCAAAGAUUUCUAGGAUAUUCUUCAAAUCAUGCUAAAAGUUUAUUCCUAAAAGAAGCUUUAGAAAUUGAUGAUCUUGGCGUUGAUUAUUUUACCGUAACAUCAAAUAAGAAAAAUUUUCGUGUUGGUAUCGGACCACGUGGCAUAACUAUAAGUUCAAAUAAUAACGAUAUAAAACUGAUAACGUAUAAUAAAUUGAAAGAGAUUCAUCAUCAAAAAUCAAGCCAUUUAUUAAAUUAUAGUUUCAUCAUAACAAUCAAUUAUAGUGAUGAAACUAAUCUAACUACUGAGCAAAAAUUUCGUAUCUAUUCUGAAAAGGACUAUUAUCAAUUCUAUCGUUUAUUGGCUGAAAAACGAGCUUUCUAUAGUCUUCCAAUGAUCGAUCAAACUAUCGUACCAAGUCGAUUUAAUUCUAAUUUCUCAUUUCUAAAUGAUCUAAUGCAAACAAUAUCAACGCCAUCGUUAUUGAAUAUUGCAACAUCAAAAUCAUCAACAAUAGUCAAUAAAAAAUCCUACGUAUUUGAUGUUGAUAAAACAUUGAAACAAUUCUAUGAUGAUAUACGACGUUAUAUCUAUCAUUUUAAUAAACAUUUUGAUAAUGUUAUGCUAAAAAACUAUCAGAAUGCCGUAUUAGUUCAAGAUUCUAUCAUUCAUCAUCAUCAUCAUCAUCAUUAUUAUCCUAAUCAACAAGAACAUUAUGAUAAUUCGGAAAUAAUGGAUAACAAUAAAUCAUUAUGCAAAAUAUGUUUGAAUGACCAAAUAUGUAUGGCAUUCAUACCAUGUGGCCAUACAUCAUGUGAACAUUGCUGCCUGAAUAUUAAGAAUGAUGUUUGUCCAUUUUGUAAAUGUGAAAUGAAAUCAAAGCAAAAAAUUUUCCUUUAAAAAUUUUAUGUUUGUGUUUGAUCUUAUCGAU